ACGCUCUGCACUGUCACAAAAUCUUGGGGGAGAGCAGUCACGGGAAUGGCAGACUAGUAAACAUAAUUUAGGGAGCAGAUAUGCCAUGUCGCGCAGAAAACUUAAAGAGAUUAGAUUAUUGUGUGCAGUGGUAGUUGUGUUUAACUGGGAGUGGUGCUGUUAAGCUAGUCCUGGCUAUUCGAGAAGGAAACUUUAGAUACGGAAAAAUGGAUAACUGGGAAGAACUGGAAGAAAAUCUUAAAAAGUUGAUAGUUAAAUUGAAACAUGUCGAAGAGAGAAAACAAGUGGAAACCGUUAUUCAGACGUUAGAUGACCUAUUACAGUUCAUGUAUAUUGAUAGUGCCUUCACGCUGUUUGAAGAUAAAGUCAUUCAUAUUCCGGUACUAGUGGUAUUAGAGUCUUAUAUGGACUUCGCAGGUGUUCAGCAGAUGGGGUGGUCUGUGCUUUGCAGAUUAAUGGAGGUCUGUCCAUCUACACUUGAUAAACUGGCAGUAUCCUCAGGUGUUGCAAAGGACUGGGAUUUUCUUGGGAUUCAUCAGCAGAUUCUGAAAAUGUUAUGUAUGCAUAAUGGAAACGAGAUGAUCAUUACACUUGGGCUAAAAACUUUAACACUCCUUCUGAAAUCAGAUGCAAUUGCACUCUUGGUGUUAGAUGAUGAAACUGAUGUCUUCCAGAUAGUAGUGGAUGCUUUGAAAAGCUUUACAAAUGAAGAGGUGCAAAAAUAUGGAUGUGAAACAUUACGCAUUCUUCUAGAGAAAGUUUCAGAUGCACAGCUUGUUGAAUUUGUGGAAAGUAAAGAUCAUGCUGUAAUUUUAAAUGCACUAAACCAGUUUCAGCACUCUGAAGAUAUUGUCCUGAAUGCACUUGGAGCUGUCCUUCCUUUGGCUAGUCCAUUAAGCAAUGUUGAAGUGCUGAUGUCUGGAAGUGCUAGGUGCUACAAGCUAGUGAUAGAUGCAAUGAACAAAUUCCCCAACAAUGAAAAGUUACAAGAAAUCAGUUGCUGUUUAUUCCAGAAGUUUACUUCAGGAAACACAAGGAGUAAAGUGGGAACAGAUUUGUUUCAUUACAACUUUGUGUAUUUCAUUAACGAGCCCAGAGAAGGAAGCAUUAUUGACACGUGUGCUGACAAGACAACCAGUGACUGA